AUGAGUUGUAGUAAAACAAAGCAGAAAGGGGGUAGCAGGACAUACUGCUCGGCAGUUAAUUGUUCAAAUAGCAAAGGAUCGCAUCCUGAACUAAGUUUUUUUCGCUUCCCUGCUGAUAGCAAAAGGUAGGUCCACGUUUUCUGCAGACAUGAAAAAAUUUGAAUGUUUUCCGUUGCUUUGUAUAUCGAUAUAAUAUAUUAAUUAUUUAGAUCUAAGGAAUGGGUAAUACUUACCCGGCGUCAGGAUCUGCAAAACAAAACUGCGGACUAUCUGUAUAGAAAUUGCCGUCUAUGCGCCAUUCACUUCGAAGACUGCAUGUUUAUAAGUCAUCUGAAAAACCGACUAAAUCCUCAAGCAAAGCCUACCCUUUUUGACAUUCCGAAUCCACCGCCAACAGUUGGUCAGAAACGACGAUUCGUAGAGAGGAUAUCUACAUCUGACGAAGAUAUAGUAAAAGGUAUUUUUGAGUUUCCAGUAACCGGCUUUACACGUGGAACUUUACUUUUACCCUUUGGUUUAUAAUGUAUAUUGGUGACGAAUAAGAAUAAAAAAAUAUUUAGUUUUAUUAAAAAAUAUUUAGUAAUCAGAAAUAACUAAUAGAAGUCUUCACUUUUCUGGCUAUUAAUUUUCGACUAUUUUUUACAUAAAAAAUAUUGGUAUAGAAUAUAAUACCAGAGACGGAUUUUCAUAUUUUCGCUCGGAGGGGGGGGGGGUGGAUAAAAAUCUGGGGGUGCUUGGUUUGGCUGGAGCCUGGUGGCAACGCCUGAAAAGGCCAAGGAAAAAGUUGAACAAAAAUUUUUCUAGACCUGCAUGGCAAGAUCUGAGACCAUAAUAUUGGUAAUUUUAUACAAAUUUAGUAGUAAGAAUAAUCAAAUAUGAAACUAUCAAAUCAAAAUAUAUGUAAUUUGCGGGGGUGCCAAAUGCCUAUGGGGGGGGGGGUGCGAAUCAUUUCCGGGGGGGUGCCCCCCCAGAAAACCCGUGCCUGUUUAAUACUGUGCAACUACGAGCUUGACAAUGAGUUUUAUUCCAUAAAAGUAUCCACACCGUUUCUUUUCAGAAAAAAGACGAAAGCUGGUAGCAGACGUGGAAGGUAAAAAUGUUAACAACAGUUUACUAACAGAGAUUAUUGCACCUCUGCUCAAUUGUAUUAGCAUUUAAAAGAUAUAAGUAGUUACAUAUGAUUUACAUAUUUAAAUUAAACAGAACAAUCCAGUGAUCAAGCUAGGAUGAUGGUUGACCAUAAUCCAGUCAUUGUCAUUGAGGAUAAUAUUACAGGACUGCAAGGUAGAGUAGAAAUAUAAUAUUUAACUUCUUGAAUACCCAUCUCUUCUACAGUACUCCUCAUUUUGUCCCCAUUCUGGCAAUGUAUUGGGAAAUCCUAAAACAUAACCCAAAAAAUAUUAUGGUACAAUCUACAAAGAAACUAUUAUUAUAGUGAGAGACUGAGAGUGUAUAGAAAUGGUACUAUACUUUGGCACUGGCUUACUCUUGUUUUUCUCUACUGAUACAUCCAGACCAUCAAGAGGAUUUGCAAGAAGCAAAGACUGCAGAAUUUUGUGGUCAAACCAGCAGCACCCUUACAACCAACACACCUAGAAAAAAGAGGCAGAGAAAAGUCAUAGAGGCAAAAAAUAAAAAGAUUAGCAGAUUGAAUAAGAAGCUGAGCAAGGUCAUACGAAACAAGAAGACCCAAAAAAGUGCCCUGGAUGACGCCCUCAAAAAGCUACCUCCACAUUUGGCUGGCUUUGUUAAAUUGCAAUUCGAUCUCCACGCAGCAAAAAAGCAUGGCAGGCGUUACUCACCAGAGAUGAAAUCCUUGGCAAUUUCACUGUUUCAUGCUAGUGGAAAAGCAUAUCGUCUCUUGUCCAAACUUUUUAUCUUGCCAACACGAUCUUCCCUUCGGAACUACAUCAGUAAGAUGCCAACAGAGGCUGGUAUAUCACAGGCAACAAUCAACACCUUAAAGCAAAAGGUUUCUCAAAUGAGUGAUAUGGAGAAGUUGUGCUCACUGUGCAUGGAUGAAAUUUCAUUAAAAACCCACCUAUUCUACAGUAUCCCCAAAGACAAAAUUGUUGGUCUGGAGGAUUUUGGUGGUGGAUAUCGUACCAACAAGGUGGCAACCUCUGCACUGGUGUUGUUGGCACGGGGUAUUUCUGGGAAUUGGAAACAACCUAUAGGUUAUGUUCUUGUCAAUGGUGCAUGUCCCACUGAUAUCCUAGAAGACGUAAUGAAGGAAGCCCUUGAUAAGCUGCAACAGAUUGGUUUGAAUGUCCUAGUGGUGAUGUCGGAUAUGGGUUCUAAUUUCCACAGCUUUGCUAAUCGAAUGGGUGUGACUUGA